AUGUGGGAUCCAUAUGAAACUACAGUGAAACAUGAAUACCCAUAUAGAGCACCAGUGGAGACUGAAGCAGUACGUCCCAGAACAGCAAAAGGACACGUGAAUCCAUACCAACUUAGUGAUCCUAUUGGCUUUAAUACUUACAGAGAAGAGUUCUGUUGGAAACCAUAUUCCAAGGCAGAACCUAUAAUGACUGGCUCUUCAUCAGGAACAAGGAGAAACAAUCCUCAUCCCAGUCAAAGUUUCAUGAUUUGGAAGGUGCCUCGAGAAGAAAAAGCGCAGCCCUCCAACAGUUUUUCACCCUGGACACAGCCUAUUUCUAAACAAGAGGUCGAGGAAGCAAUCAGAGCACAGUUCAACUCUACCUAUAAUGGAGAUUAUUUAGGAUUACCACAGGGUUUACAAAUUAAAGAUACUAUUCCUGUGCCUCCUGACUGGAAAAAAAUAAUCCCACAUCCUCCAGCAACUGAGUUUAGGCAUCAUUACCAGGCCCCAGCCCGCAUCCAUGACUUCAUGGACUUUUCCUGGAAAUAUGGAUGUAAUGCAAACAGGCAUAUUCCAGCAAAAGGAGUUGUUCCUACCGUGACAUUUUCUCACAUCCAGAACCAAGAAAACAUUAAACAGAUGACCACGUACCAAAGAGAUUUUGGGAAAGAAUAUUUCAAUAUCAUAUCAAUUUUAAAUUCUCUGGAUCCAGAACAAGUUAAUAAGUACAUUGAAAGAGCUCCAAAGCAAGAGAGAGCAAUUCUUCAGCACUUUCUUAACACAGUUUGUGGGAGCCAGAGUGAGAAAUUCAGAAGGACUUCACCCUCAAAGAAACUAUCAUCUGACAAACUAUCUGAAUGCAAAUGAUACCCAACAAUCCAAAAGGAGAAAGGCCUCCAGAAUCCGGCUGGUGCUGAAUGAGUGGCGUAAUUGUAACCUAUAAUGUCUUUGUGUUCUGUGUAUGUGUGAUGAAUAAUUUGCAAAACCCUGUUUUAAAAUAAUAAAG